AUGUCUACCACCGCCGUCUCUCACAUCGCGCUCCGGCGCACCCUCGGUCUGUCAGCCAGCACACUGUCACGAGCUCAUGCUCCGAGUCAGCGUCGUUGGGCCCGCGUACACGAUGUUCGCUUCGUCACGACGCACCGCGACCCUUUGGACCGAUACCGUGAGAAACUGGAACAGAAGGCAAAGCAAGAAGGCCUUGAGUCCAUAUCGUCGCUGAAAGAGGCAUACAAGGACAAAAUCGAGGAGUAUAAACGGUCGGCUCUGAAACCGCCGCCUGGGGCAGGUCCGGUUCCUGUUCCGUCUACGAAGACGACGACAACAGCUUCUCCUUCACCUUCGACCGCCGCUCCCUCCUCGCCAGCACCAUCGCAAGCCUCAAACCAGACUCCGUUCCAGCAGCCGCCGCCUCCACCGCCCACUCCCAACCAGGAACCCAUACGGACCCCGUCACAGUCAAAAUCGUCGGAAAAGUCCAAUACGCCAGGAAUCAAGCCCCUGUCUUCCUACCUUGAUCUCGAGAAGGUCACUGCUCUCGGCAACAAAGAGGUGGAAUACAUCUGGAGACUUCGUCAUGCCAACGAUCCCCGCUCUCUAUGCGCCGUCAUCCCCCUCGAGACAUACAACCGUAUCUACCAGAAUGCCCGGCAACAUCCGCAGUUCGUCCUUCCUUUGCCACGGCCGACGGCCGACGACGGGAGCGGGGAUGUGAAACAGUCGCCGCAAGGGUUCGAGGGAGGCGAGCGGUCAGCCGCUGACAUUCAUUUCAUGCAAUGGGGGUUCCAUCCUCCGGCCGGCGCACCGCCGACUCCCGGUUCCAAGACCGCCAAUAACCACACCAGUACUGUCAUCUUUACGCAUUUGGCCGCCUAUAAGCUGCACGGGACGUAUGCGGAGCCACACACCACCAUUACUCAUCAUCUUGAUCUUGCCGACUCCCACGGGAUCGUCUUAUUGAAUGGGUCUGUUGUGGAUGGACGCGGCGUCAGUGUCGAAGAAGGCAGAUGGUUGCUGAUGUGCCUGCAAAAGUUCUAUGACUAUGAAGCGCAUGGCGGAGGUAUCGGUCGUGAAAAGCGGCGAGGCUUGUUGCAGAAGUUCAGCAGUGGCGACCAGGGAUUCAGCCUCGAGGAACUGGUUGAUGAAGCCGAAAGGCUCUCAUGA